CUUGGAACAAAGAAGGAGGAUAACUACUCCACGCUCAACCCGGUAUUUAAGAGCCCCCAGGAACAGUGCAACAACACAGUUGAUGACGGGUUUUCAUCACGCUGCAUUCCAUUAUGCCAUUUUUUAAAACAACUCAGUUAACACCGCAAUACACAAAACUGUUGGAUGUUAAGUCACAGAAAUGUGGACUGCGCCAUACAUUUUUCGCGACAAAUGGAGAUGAAUACAACGGAGAGUGGCAGAACAACAAGAAGCAUGGAAUAGGAACUCAGAUUUGGAAGAAAUCUGGAGCAUUUUACAAUGGAGAUUGGAAAUUUGGAAAACGUGACGGAUAUGGCAAAUACUCGGUGUUAGUGCCAAAAACGAAGAACUAUGAGCUAAAGUACGAUGGAAAUUGGAAAAAUGGAAAGAAGCAUGGAUAUGGGACAUACUUCUAUAAUAAAUCAACAGUUUAUGAAGGUGAUUGGAGUGAGGACAAUCGUAGUGGCAGGGGGAAAAUACACUAUGAGAAUGGAGAUAUUUAUGAAGGAGAGUGGAUGAGGGAUAAGUGUCAUGGACAGGGAAUCAUUCAACAUGUAAACGGAAACAGCUAUGAAGGACUCUGGCAAGAUGGCAAGAAGAACGGUAAUGGAAAGUUCUACUAUCUUGACAAAGGCCAAAUUUAUGAAGGCUUUUGGGUGGAUGGAGUGGCAAAAUGUGGGACCCUAUCCUAUUUCCGGAAGGAUGAUGCACCAAACCCAAUAAAGCAUCCAAUUCCACAGGUAGAACUGGUGGAUAUGGAGUUGGUUUUAAGGGAAACCCAGGCAGCCCACCUUGCUCAGCGCUCUAAAAAAAGGAAGGAUUAACAGCCCAUAAGCCACAAAGACAAAAAAAAAAUGGUGUAAUGGUAUUCUCCAACUAUUUUGAGUAAAUCUUUACACGCAAAUCACUUAUUGUUUGUCGCUGCGGAGGAGCAAACCAGGCUUCGCAGUAUAUCAUCAAACUACGCAGAUACCAAGCCCUCUUUA